AAGCAAGAAGAAGAAGCAGAACCCGGAAGUGAGACUGCCGCGUCCACAUGCUGUUUUCUCCACAUGAUAUUUGUUGGAGGGGUUUCUGUAAAGGAUACUGCAAUAUGAAAACAGAAGGUGUCCUCCAGCGAGUUUAAGUGUUGCCGAUCAGUGCCGCAGAUCUUCAGUGUAAAUCCGGCUGUUGGAGCUGGUGGUUUACUGUGGCUUUAUGUCUGUUUAUCAGACACAUUGUUUACAAGAUGCUGAGUGAUUCUGAGGCUGCAGAGCUGCUGUCCUUCCUGACUCCCAGCACCCGGCCGGAUGUAAAGGGAAAGGCCACAGAGUACAUCCUGGGAAUGUCUGGAAGCAGAAAUGGCUGCCGCUUCCUCCGCUCCAACCCCAACCUCAUAGCUGCUCUGUUUGAGCUGACCUCUGACCCCUCUGUUGCCAUAGUAAAGGACUGUUACCACAUCCUGAUCAACCUGUCAGCUGAUGAGACUCUCCACCAGGUUUUGGUCUCUGAGGUUAAAGUUCUUCCAGUGCUACUAAAGAAGCUUCAGGAUCCAGAAUAUCUGUUCUCUGAUCAGAUCUCGACCAUCCUGUCCAACCUGAGCCGCCAUGAGAAGACCUGCAGGACCGUGUUCAAGGUCCUGCAGGAUGAGGUCGGACUUCCCAAGCUGGUGGAGAUCCUCUGCAAUGAAAGCUACAACAAAAAGGCCAAACUGCACUACCUGGGCCCCCUGCUGUCCAAUCUGACCCAGCUUCCCGAGGCCAGGAGCUACAUCAUGGACCCAGACAGGUGUGUGAUCCAGCGAUUGUUGCCCUUCACUCAGUACGAGGCGUCGGUGACGCGAAGGGGCGGAGUCAUCGGCACGCUGCGGAACUGCUGCUUCGACCACAGUCAUCACGAGUGGUUGUUGAGCGACACCGUGGACAUGCUGCCGUUCCUGCUGCUGCCUCUGGCUGGUCCAGAGGAGCUGACCGAGGAGGAGAAUGAGGGUCUGCCUGUGGACCUGCAGUUCCUCCCUGAGGACAAGAAGCGAGAGGAGGACCCCGACAUCAGGAAGAUGCUGCUGGAAACACUCCUACUGCUGACGGCGACUAAAGCUGGGCGACAGGCGCUCAAGCAGAAGAACGUUUAUCCCGUCAUGAGGGAGUUCCACCGCUGGGAGAAGGACGUUUAUGUUGCAGCUGCCUGCGAGAAGCUCAUCCAGGUGUUGAUCGGUGACGAGCCAGAGCAGGGCAUGGAGAACCUGAUGGAGGUGGAGAUACCACAGGACGUGGAGGAAAAGCUGCAGGAGGCUCACACCAAAGAGCAGGAGGAGCUGGGGAAAGAGGAGGAGAGGAUGAGACGAGAAGAGGAGGAGGAGAAGAAGAAAUGUGAACAGACAGAUUGAGAAAAGGAGAGUGAACUCAAUCAUAAUAAAAUUCCUGGUCUAGACCUUAUUUCUUCCUGUUACUGCUCCAAGAAGCCAGACUUUCCUGACAUCUCCUGAAGUGGUCUUCAACAACAGUUCUCCAAGCUUCCUGGAGGUCUUCCCAUGUUUUUCUUCCACUUAGUUUCAGUCCAGCUCCUGACCAUUUUCCUACAGAGCCCUAAACUGAUGGGAUGAAGUCUGGAUGUUUGAAAGCAGAGUCUGAAGAAACGAAGACUGGAUGAGGAAUUUCACUCAGACAUGAGAGCUUUUCCCAACUUUACCCAGAGACCGACCAGGAGGAACGUGUCAAGCAGGACCUUCUGAGUAGGAACAGUCAGGAACACCUGUCAUUGUAAUUAUUUUAGUGUUUCUGUUCACAUUUCUUUGUGCUUUUAAAAAAUCUGAACCCUGUUAUUGUUGAUAUAGAUUUACACUUCUGUAAAUUUAUGUUUAAAUAUUUUAUUCUAAGCAUGAGCUGCUCUUCAGGUUCAUCUGAAGGAUUUCAUAUUUACCGUUUUAAAUGGUUUACAGUAAAAAAACAGAUUUAAAUGUCAAAUGAGUCCUUUUUCAGAUAUUUAUUAAUUCAGUCUGCUUCCAUAGAUAGAACUUUACUACGUUUUCCUGCUCUGUUUGUUCCUGUUGGUUCUGUUUGUGUUCUAGUAGUUUUAUUCUAACUAAUCAUAUUUCUGUUCAGGAUUGUUCCUCGUUUUUAAUCAUCACCCAAUCUGGACUGGUUCUGCUGUGGCGGGUUUUAAAAGACCCAGACUGACCAGAAGAGGGCGUCAGAUGUUACAUUUCCUUUUCUCAGUCUGUCCUCCAUCCUCCUCCUCCUCCUCCUCCUCCUCCUCCCAUCUGUGGGGAAGUUCAUCUUUAACUUAAAAAAUAAACAGGCUCUGAAAAAUGUUUUUACUCGAGGGCAACACGAACCACUUUAAUAUGAAAUUGGAUAAAGUUCUGUGCAGCUGAUGUGUCAGAACUCUGAUCAAAAUGUUCACAUAGUUCUCAUCUUCAUCAGGAUGAGUUAUUAAAAAGCAAAUCUGUGUCAGUUUGAACAGUUUUUAAAUAAAAGCAGCAAACAGAUUGUUUUAGGCUCAAAGGUCUUACAGAACUGUGUGCUGCUGAUGAGGCGUUUUUUUAUCAGUGUCUCUGUUAGUUUUUUCAGUUGAGGUCAGAUCCAAACUGGUCAUACUGGUCUCCAUACACUGACAUGUCAGGUCAUCACCUGAAACAUGGAGAAACGUUUGUUUUCCUUCUGUUUUAGUCUGAAACUUUAGAAAGCUCCUUACACUGAGUUGCAGUCAUGUUUCAUCCUCAUCUUCACACCUUUUUAGGGAUUUUAAUGUUUAAAUUGUUUCAUCAGUGCAUCCUGCUGAGGUUAGUUCUGCAUAUCCGGAUCAUCAGGCUCAGAUCUCCCGAUUUGUGUCCCAUCAGAGAUGAGCUGAAGAAUUUAUCUGUAAAACUAGACGACAUGUCAGGCCUGAAAUCUCUGCUGGGUGUUUUUACUCUGAGGGGAAGUGAAGACAGAGGACCAGUGUUGGACUGGAGGAGGGGCGCUCCCAGUUAAAGGUAAAUACCCUGAAGCUCUGAUGGAAACAUGGACUUCCAGUCUUCCACUGACAGGAUUUCCAACACAAACCACAUAGAUGCUUCAGACCAGGAUCCGUCAUAACUGAUUGGAAAACUGAAAGCGUUCGUUGUUGUUGGACUGAAACUAAAAUUGUUCUCUGUUCUGUUCUGGCUUAUUAAUAAUCACAACUGUGUCAAAGGUUCUGAAAGGCGGUUUUUAAGCUGGUUUUGGUUCAACAAACUGGAACCAUUCAGAGUCUUGGAGGACUAGUUCUGAGCCAUGAUGAGAACAGCAGCAUUUAGGAAGGAAAUGUGAUGAGAAAAGGUGCUAAGAGGUAGACUCCUCAAGGAGAAAGAUCCGAGUCUUUAAAAACAACCAGGGAGGAAACGUGAAGAAGACCUGAAGUAGGCUGGACAAGGAUGAGAUGGAGGAAACUGUUUAAAUUCAGGGAAAAUAAAAAAGUGCUGUAAAACCGACAUGAUGAGCUUAACCUCUGAUGAAUCCCUUCUAUAGAUGUCCCAUUUGGACCUGUCUCUGUCCUGGACAAGGCCACUAACUAUAUGUCUUCUGUUUCCAUCCUGUCGGCUCAGAAUUUAUCUGUUUAACUGUUUCUCUCCUACAUGAAGCCACUAACAGAGCUACUGCUGCCAUUUAGUCUGUGUACUUUCACUUUAACAUAGAAAGUACUCCUAGAUCAGUGCUUCUGGGUUUCUCUUUCAGUCCUGUUCUGGUUCUGCUGGAGGUUUCUUCCUGUUCCUUUCCACUGCGCCCACAUGGAGCAGAGAUUGCUGCGAAGAUAUGGACUGGAUCUAAUCAGAAAACUUUUAACCAACUGACAUGAAUCAUGAUUUUAUCACAAAUACGGCUGAACUGGAAGGAAUGAUAUUUAAUUUUAAUCUGUCUAAAAUGUUUCAUAAAAUAAUUCUGCGUUUGAACUGAAUAUGUGUGGUAAAGUGCAUAAAGAUGUUUGUUGUGAAGUGGUUCUGUAAAAACCCGACUAAAUGAAACAGAAACUGCUU